AUGAACGUACUCUACAAGACAGAGGCCGCUAACAUGCGAAACCUGACGAGGAAAGAACCAGAAACUCCCGGAACUGUGAAAAUCGAGUCGAGCCACGGCGUCAAACCCCGUCUAUGUCGCCGGGACCCCGAGGAUUCAUGGCAUUGGGGGGCAUGCUCCUACACUGCAGCCGGCGAAGAACUCAGCGAUGCGGAGCUACAAGCCGCCGUAAAUGAGUGUGCGGGCGGGUAA